AUGCGCUUCCAGUGCCUCUUCGCCCUCCUUGCUCUCCUCGGCACGGCCGUUGCCCAGGACGACACGGCUUCCAGUGACGCGACCUCUGAUGAAGGCGACGUUGGCUCUGACGACCUCACGUUGGCGACUGAGACCCUUGCGCCGACGACCACCAUCUCGAUGCCGCCGACGAUCGAGUCGGGAGCCUGGAACAUUACCUACUUUAUCGCGCCGACGCGAAACAACUACUGGGUCAACGACAACGUCAACACGGCAGCCUGGCAGCCCCUCAACGUCGCUACCAACCUGAUCCUCACCAACUCGAACACGAGUAUCAUGUCGCAGUCGAUCGUGCUCGCUCAGAACCUCGAGCCAGGCCAGGGCAACUUUGCAGGCCCCAUCUCCAACCUCGUCCCUGGCAACAACUACAUCCUCUGGCUCACGGUCGCUGGUAACCCGUCGCCCACCCAGUCCACUGACAACCCUGCAGAGAAGCUCGCCCAGACCCAAGGCUUCCACAUCAAGGCCAACUCCACCGCCGCCAUCCAAGUCAUCCAGUCGGCCUCUGCCGCCGCCGCAUCCAUCACGGGCGGAGGCGGUGGUUCCGUCGGCGGUGCCGCGGCCACGGGCGCUGUCAGCACCGGCGCCGACGGCAGCACCACCCCCGACGGCGGGUCGACCUCGGACCCGGCUUACACGCCGAGCACCAAGAGCGCCGCGACCAGUGUGGCGGGCAUCUCGGCCUCGGUCGUGGGCCUUGCUGGCCUCGCGCUCGCGCUUGCCCUCUAA